UUCAAAACUGUUCUUACUGAUGUUUUCAUAUAUUUUACAUAUAUUUUCUUGUUGCUAACUUGCAUUUUAUUACAUUACUUAUUGCUCCACUAACUUCUAUUUUAUUUUGUUUUACCCACUUGUGGCAAGCCACACAAGAUGAAGUUGCCCAUCCUAACCAUUUGAAGCGUGCAGUUCGGUAGUGCUCAGUGUUUACAUUACUGUGAGGCAGAUCUCCAGAACUUUCAUCCUGCAAGGCUAGAACUCUGUGUUUAUUGUCAUUGCCCCCAUUUCCUCCUUUUCCCGUAUCUGCUUUGCUAGUUUCUGCCUCAUAUGCCUUUUUCAAAGUUAAGUUUUCAUCUUCUCAUUUGCGUUUUCUGUCAUUUUUGUACAGAGCUGCUUUUAUUUUUUUUAAAUCCAGAAUGAGAAUAUUUCAACAGUCAAGUCUGGGGUGCUUACAUUUACUGUGAGUCCGUGAUUAUUGCUGCAUAAUAAAUAAAAAUGUUAUAUUCCGUGUGGUACAGAGGGCUGCACCCAGGGCCUCGUUUGUGAUAGGUGUGUGCUCUACCAUUGAUCUGCAUCCCCCAGCCUAUUUCAUAUUCAUUUCUUCUUUCAAAGCUUUGUGUGCUGUUUGGGUGUAUGUUUGUGUGGGUGUGUGCAGGUCUAUAUGCAAGUGUGUGGUAGAAGCCAGAGGUCAAUGCCAUGCAUCUUCUUUGAUUGCUUCCCCACCUUACUUUUCAGACAGGAUUUCCCACUGAACCUGGAGUCCACCAACUGGCUAGAUUGGCUAGCCAGUGAGCUCCAAGGCCCUCCUUUCCCCACAUCCUAGUGCUGGGAUCACAUGUGGACACCCCUGCCUUUAUAGUCUCUUUUCCAGUAAGCUUACAAUGGAACACCUCAAUCUAUUUCCAUUGUAUUUAAAUCAUAAGGAUGGCUGGCAUGGUGCUGGGAGUGGGUGCUGGCGUGUUCCUCCUCGCUCUGAUCUGGGUGUUGGUGCUGCUGCUGUGUGUGCUGUUAUCCCGAGCCUCUGGGAUAGCUAGGUUCUCCAUUGUCUUUGUCUUCCUUGGUGCUCUGAUAAUCACUACAAUUCUACUGCUUUUCCCUCGAGCCAGUGAAUUCCCAGCCCCAGAGAUGGAAACGAAGAUUGUGGAUGCCUUUUUCAUCGGCCGCUAUGUCCUGCUGGCUUUCCUCAGUGCAGUCUUUCUUGGAGGCCUCUUCUUGCUUCUUACUCAUCAUGUGCUGGAACCAAUCUAUGCCAAACCACUGCGGUCCUGCUGAGGAUGGUAACGGAAACAUGGGACAUUUUGAUGCCAUGGAUGAGCACAAAGGCACUCUCUGGAGCCUUGAUGACGGCCUUCAUGUCUUCAGACCAGAGGCAUGACUGCUUAUCACUAAGACAAACCUCUUGAGCCCUGGCUUUCAGAACUCAGCAGCAAAACCGACUCUGGGUGUAGAUUGUCACCACCUGAAGACGGAUCUGACUGUCUUCUCGGUACCCAUACUCCAGGACUUCUGUCUGUUUUGAAUGGGAAGUAGUGACAGUGAUCUGCUUGGGGCAGAUGUUCAGUCAAGCCAUCAGUAGUGGAUUUGGGGAGAAGGCGGCUCUGUAGACCAACAGAAGAACCUGGUCCUUUUGUUUGGAAGAGAAAGGCAUUCAGACACGAAAGGCUGCUUUAUUGUGAUAGCUUAGAGGUUGUAUUCGGCAGCAGUUAGUGACCACGCCUUAUGUAAUUCCACAGAGCUCUAGAAAGUGAGUGGCACUUGCCUGCGUUCUAAUAAAGCAAUAAACAGCUACCAAAGGGCUUUCUCUUCAAA